CACCCGGAGAGGGAUGGCAGCAAGGGCGGGAUGAGGGAGAGAGAGGGACUGACAGCAGCUGCCCUUUCUCCAGGAUGCACUGGGAGGAAUGAAAACCUCCCGAGCUCCUUCCUCUGGGUGUUUGGGAGCAGAUCCUGCCUGCCUGGCGGGGUGACUCCUCUGCACUGUCUGUGCGCGUUCCUGUGCGUGUGCUGCUGCCAUCGCAGAUGUACCCCCAGCUGUCACUUCACCGCGCACAGUCGCUCCCUCUCCCGCCUCUCUCUCUCUUUCUCUCUCCCCCUAUUUAUUAUUUACGGAGGAUUACAGUCCCUUUCCCACGCUGUCAUCUCGCUUUGCGGCUCCCCUGCCCUCCACGCGAGGCCAGCGGCUGGCUAGGGAGGGUUCCUGCCAGCUAGGCUCCAGAACAGAGGCACUUUCUGCUGGAUUUGCUUUGGGAUUGUACCGGGUUCGGAGAGCCGGGAGAGCUGCCAUUCUCACAGGAGGGUCCAUUCCAGCCUGAGAGAGUGCUGGAGGGAGUUAAAUAGAGCACACGGAAAGCUGCUGCUGGGGACGGAAAGUCAAGCAGGGAGAGGGAAGGAAGAGGCUGUAACUGGGCAGUGUCCGGGGACUCAGGUGGAAGUGGCUGCAGGCAGAACCCCUCCAGUCUCCCCCGCCUCAGGUCCUUCCUUAUCCUUCUCCUCCGAGGCUCGCUCGCUCUCCAGCUCCUGCAGUUGCUGCAGUGGGAAAUCCCCAAGCUGAAGCGGUGCCGCUCCAGCCACCACAUCCAUUUUACCUUAAAGCAGACAGGAAGCGCUGGACCUGGCAGGCAGGCUACAAGGUCACUCCCUCUCCCGGCGGGGCCGAGGGCCAGGCUGGCUGUUGGAUGUGAAGGCACGCUGGAGAAGAGCACGAUGCUGCCUGCAAGUGCUGGCCACCGGUGGAGGAGCAGGUUCCUCAUGAGGUGGCAGGAGGCUUGUCUGCUUGGCUGCUGGCUCUCACUAUGUGCUGCUGAGUCCUUCUUUGCUUGUCCUUCCUCCUGCAAGUGUAACAGUGGCAACCUGGAAGUGGACUGCAGUGGUUUGGGCCUCUCUUCCAUUCCCUCAGACAUCCCCACAAACACCAGGACCUUCCUCUUUCUCAACAACAAACUCAGCAUCCUGCCAGGAGCAGUGUUUUCCAACCUCUCUGCUCUGCAGAGGUUGGACCUAUCCAACAACUUCUUGGACCAGCUCCCUCAGAACAUCUUCAGUGACCUGGGGAACCUCACAGAGCUGCAGCUGAGGAACAACAGCAUCCGGGCCUUGGACAAGGACCUGCUGCAGCACACGGCCCUGCUGCGCCAGCUGGAUCUCUCCAUCAACGGCCUGGCCCAGAUCCCUUCGGGCAUCUUUGACGAUCUGCCUGCCCUGCGCUCCCUCUCCCUCAGGUCCAACCGCCUGCAGAGCCUGGACAGGGUGACCUUUGAGCCUCUGACCAGCCUGCAGCACCUCCAGGUGGGGGAUAACCCCUGGGAAUGCGACUGCAACCUCCGGGACUUCAAGCACUGGAUGGAGUGGUUCUCCUACCGAGGUGGGAAAAUCGACCAGCUGGCCUGCACCCUGCCCAAGGAGCUGAAAGGAAAGGACAUGCGGAUGGUGCCCAUGGAGAUGUUCAACUACUGCUCCCAGCUGGAUGACGAGAACAGCUCUACAGUGCUGGACAAUACUGGCCCACCUUGCACUAAAGGAAGCCCUGCUCCUUCCAAAUCUAAAUCAGGCCCAGAACCAGAAGUGGAGCCCAGUGUGGGAUGCCCUCAGAAACAGCGGUACAGGCCCGUGAGCGUGCGCCGCGCGAUCGGCACUGUGAUCAUUGCAGGGGUGGUUUGUGGCAUCGUCUGCAUCAUGAUGGUGGUGGCAGCUGCCUAUGGCUGCAUCUACGCCUCCCUCAUGGCCAAAUACCACAGGGAGCUGAAGAAGAGGCAGCCACUCAUGGGUGACACAGAAGGUGAACAUGAAGAGCAAAAACAAAUCUCUUCUGUGGCGUGAAACUGUUCUAGGAAGGAAAGGACAGCGAUGAAAAAAGGUACCUGAGAGCAGUCAAACAUGGGGUCCUCCCAAAAUACAUCUUCCCAGACAGACUGUGCUAUUGCUCCACUCACCCAAGUAGUACAACAUGCUUCUGGGGGGUCAGGGCACCCGGCUCAAUUUCUUUUCCUCUGCCCCAGGCCCAUUUUGUGCCCUUUCACCCUUGGGCCCUCCCAGAUAAAUAAAGUAGAGUCAGACCUCGAGUGCUUGCUGUGCCUCAUGCCCUUGCACAGAGUUUCCCUCACAUGCCUGCUGCAAAGGCAGCUGGCACCUUCUGGGACCCUGUGUCAUCCUCUCAGCUUUGGUCCUGAGUCAUCCUGUGUCCUGUCAAGAGUUCUGUGCAAACAGAGAGCAGCUGUGUGAAACCCUGUGUGGGGAGCAGGACACCAGAAGUGUCCAUGCCUCACCCUUAGGUCACUGCUGGUGUGUGACACGAAGCUGCUGCCUACCCUACAAAUCAGAGCUGCCAAGAUUGCAUCAGAAGGGAGGCAAGGACCCUAUGGCAGGGCAACAGUCAGUGGUAGAUUUCUCACUUUUAGAGGUGGAAAGAUGUCUGUAUCACCCUAACACACUGCCAGGGAGCACAGUGUCCCUCUUCUUGCUCCUGCCCAAGUCCAAACCUUUGAGCUGGCACACACAUCAUCUGCUGCAGGUGCUCAGCACAGAGUCAUCCUCCUGUACACACACACACACACUGACUCAUUCUGAUCCCAACACACACACAGAGCCAGUCCCAGUUCCAGGCAUCCAGGCACCCCACCUGCACAUGCAGAGCUAUCACUCAUGCCCAUGCUGACCUGCCCUCUGCAUGCAGCCAUGGAUACAUCCAGCCACUUUACCUUAUCCUGAUCGUAGCAGUGUGUACCACCUUCUGCUUCAGACAAAAAACAUGCACACACCACUGAGGAGUAACAAAAACAUCUCAGCCAGAGUGCAGAGCCAGUGGGAACUGGCAGAAGAGGAUGGAGAGAGGCAAAAUUAUUGAGAUUCCACCAGUCAGUGGAAAUAAGUACACAGCAUCAAAAAAAAAAAAAAAGAAAGUAUGUUCUUAUCUAUUUUAUGUCUUCUCAAAUAAAUGGAGAGACUAAGGAUAUGAAGCCUCCAUUUAGAAAUGUUUGAUUGGCAGAUCAGAAGUGGGUCAUCAGGAAAGACUGGAGGAGGAGGUGGCUUACCAGGAGCGUGAGCCGUGCUGAGUAGUGUGAGCCUAGGGGAAGGUGUCAGGGGAAGAAGUCACACAUAGUCAACCCAGGAGAUGCCAUGGCUGGCACAGGGGCCAGCACGGUGUGUGGAACAGGGUGAUGCAGCCAGUGUGACCAAGAAGAGUGGGCAGAGGUAUGGAGGGUCUUGAGGUGAAGGCUGGAACCUGGAGCACAGUGUGGCACAUGUGGGAGAGCCCAGGAAAGGUCUGGCACAGAAGGCAGCAGAGCCCACAUGCACUCCCUUCACCACCAUGGGGGUGUCCAGUGACACCCACAGCUGCACCUGAGUGUGCCCACACACACAGCUGUGCACACUGCCACUGUCACGUAGGGUGACUUCCCCCAACCAGAUUUUAAAGCCCUCAGACUGCAGUGCCUCCUAUUAGUCUUAGCUCAUUCUGACCUGACAGGGAAAAAAAAAGUGAGAGGGAAAAAAAAAAUGAAAGGAACUCAACAUAAGGACUCAUUUUGUAUCACUGGAAGUGGGAUAAAAUGCUGUCUGCAGGGGAGAGCGCACAUUGCCAUGGUAACCUGCUCUAACCCGUCACAGUGGGUAUUCCUGGGCGAGGAAGAUGACACCGGAGGUCGUGCAUCCACUGUGCCUGUGCAUGGUGUGAUCCCUGCCAUCAGGAAACAAGCUGGCAGCCAGCCCAGCCUUGCAGGGUGUUUCACUAGCAACCUGUGUUCAGAGCCUCAGAGCCCUGCAUGCUCUGCAGGCGCACCCUGCCAGGGCACCUCACCUCUUCCUUCCACCUGCUCCAUCUGAAUCCCAGUGCCGUGGGACACCUCACAGCCCGCCUGCUCGCUGUGGCUGCAUCCCUGUGGAAGCAAUGCACACUGGCUCCUCACUCCUUCUGCUCCCAGAGAGGUGGCUGUACUGAUCUGUGGGCGCACAACACCAUUAAUCAAAGCUUGGAGCGGCAAAAUCCCACCUGGUCUACCCAGGGUCACCAGAGCCAAGGAGACAGGGUGCUCUGGACUGUUUUAGCAUGGGGCAGAGGAGGAUGUUCUUCAGGGAAGCACAAGACCAGGCUGCCACAGAGGAAGAACUGGGAGAAGCAGUCAGCCCGCCCACCAGUGUGAGCACACACUUUCCUCCUGCUUCCAGCACACUGUGGGGAAGAGGAAGCAAAGGAGGGGGGCUGGUGAAAUGUGAGGAGGAAGGACUCUUCCCCCAUGCACUGCACAGCCACUCCAACCGUCCCAUCUGCUCCAAGCGUAGCCCGCUCUGAAGGGCAGAACUGGCGCACUGCAGACUCCAUAUGCGUGUUAUUGCUGUUCCACAUUCCCAGCAGGCCAGGAGCAGACUCUGCCUGCUGGAUCCAAACCUCUCCCCAAGCUCCCUCUCAGGGGAACCUCUCCCUUCACCAUACUGGACUCCGCAAUCAUACUUGAAAUGGGACUUGAGUCAGAGUGGUAUAUUUAUAGAUCUAUAUUUUACUUGCAUCAAAUAAUGGUGACAUAUUGCACAAAACAAAUGGGAUCUCUAUGUAUGUGUGUGUGUGUGUGUGUGUGUGUGUGUGUGUGUGUGUGUGAGAUAAGAGAGAGACUGUUCUUAAGAGAAAAGACUAGAGGUGAAAGGGAAGAAGAUAGGGGACAAUGCAGGGGUUGAGGGUGUGAAAUCCUCCUUUCCCUGCACCUUCCCUGUGACUUCCUCCUGCCCUGACCAAUUUUUCUUUGUUGCUAAUAAUAUUUUCUAUAUCCUGUGUUGUGGGGCUGGUGAUGACCUUGCCCAUCCUUUCCUUUUUUUUUUUUAAUUUAUACGGCAGAAAGUCUGGAUUUAUCUCAACCCUAGACAAGGGAUUGCUAUGUUUAGCAACCCACCCAGGAAAGGAGAAGACAGGAAAGGGGAGAACUGAGUGUUGCUGGGAAACACGAAGGCUGGCUAUGAGGAGUCCCUCUGGAAAGCAAAUACUCUGUUUGGCAGGAUGAGGACCUGUCCUUCUGCAUGCAGAGCAGAGGGAAGUGCCCUCUUCAUGGCACUGUUUGCAAACAGACUCUUUCUCUGCUCCCCAGCACGCCUGGAAAUCAGGCUGCCCUGGUGUGACUGAGCUGUUGCACUGCCCACAGGCACUGCAGGGAGCACAGCAUCCUCAGCAGGCAGAAACAGAGCUCUGAGGGAUGCUGGAUACAGAAUGAGACCCAGUGCUCCCUGUGUGCCCAGCCAAGGGGCUCCUCUGGUGUGUGGGGACAGCAGCUCCUGUUGUCCCUGCAGGUGCCUCAGGAAAGGGUCCUCUGGGGCUGCCAGGUCCAACAAUGCCAGGGUGAUGUUGGGCUGGCAGGGCCACCAGGAACAGCCCUCCUGCUCCUCCUGCUCCCCUUCCCCACACAUCCACCUGUGGGACAGGUAGGCACAUCCCUUGCAGGGAACAGAUUACACUUGUAAUUCCUUUUUCUUUUUUGUUACUGUUUGAGGGAGAGCGACAAGAUUUUCUAAAAUGAUUGAAUGGAGGUUUCUUUGGCAUGAGACAGAAAAUUUUUAAAGGUAUAUUAUAUUUCUGGCUUGUUGUUACAGAAUAAUAAUAAAGAAUGUAUUUUCCUAUGC